GAGUCAAGUGCUUUGUGUAUUUGAUGCCAUUCACAUUGGAUUUUCUGUGAAAUAGAAGUUUAUAUUCCUCAGCAUAAAGCUGAGCUAUCACAAAGGCAGUGCGUAACUUUCCAACUUGCAAUGCUGAUUGUUAUGCAUUUGCAACAACAUUUUGCUAAUAAGUAAAUACACACACACACACACAUACACACACAAGCAUGCAUGCAUACAGCCAGAGUAAGAAUAAAACACAUUUUUGAAAGCCCAAACACACCUCUGCUUCACCUUUUUAUAAAGGCUUCUGCAGCUUCCCCCUUUCCAUGCUCUGAGUACAGAAAAUGUAAAAAUAAAAAGCAGCUCUCUGCAGCUUGUGAUGUAGCCAUAGAGCAGGCCUGGGUAUUAAGGGAUGACAUUUAUGGCUGACAUCAGAUCUGAGUAUUUGCAUUGGAUUUUCGUGUCAGCAUUGGAGGUGGGGCUUAGCAAAGACACCGUUUUGUGCUUGUGAUCUAGCUAAGAGGCAGCUCUGUCUGAGAAGAUACUCAUUUCCCUCUUUUCUGUUAUCCUGCUUGGAUCUGACUCCUCCCUCCUGCAGCUCUGAACAGCGCAGUCUGAAUCAAAGAGCCUCACAUUCUCUACUAUGUUUCUCCGUGAGCCAGUAGGACUUGAACAUGUCUGUCUUCAUUUCAAUGGAACUCUCAAGUAAAAGCACAUUGUCUGACAUCUGUCAAAAGUGAAUGGCUUUUUUUUUUUAACCUCAAGAGCAAAACUUAGCCAACCUCUUCUGUUUGGAUGGAUUAUAAAGCGGCAGACCAACCCCCCCUCCCAUAUCUCUUUUAAGGAGGAUUUGCUUUUUUAUGCUUUUUGGUACAUAUGCUAAUAUUUCCUUUGCACCGAGCCUGAUUUGUGAGCGUGAGUUGCUUUGGACCGAGACACAUCUGAACGUAUCCUGAUCAGGUGCCAAAAGGGAGAGUCUUUGAAAACAAAGAAGAAACUUGUGAUGAGGAGCUAACAGUUAAGGUACAUCUGAUGAAAACUUGUGAAGUCAGUGAGGAAACCAAAUAAAAUCCUCAAGGACAAUGUCGGUAGCAACUAAUAAUUUAUCGCUAAAUGGGACAAACUGUGUUCCUGAAAAUCAUGGCAUUCUGGAUAAAUCCAAUGGACAAACUACUUUGAAUAUUUUUCUUUUUUGCUUGACUUUUAUAAUUACAUUUACUGCUCUUAUAGGCAGUGUUUAUUCACUAGUUACCCUGCUGAAAAUGCAAAACAAAACCACUGUUUCAGUGAUUGUGACUUCCCUGUCUGUGGAUGAUUUGAUAAGUGUUGUGCCAGUGACUCUCUUUAUGCUCAUGCAGUGGUCCAGCAAGGCGCUCCCUACAUCUCUGUGCACCACCUCAGCUCUGCUGUAUUUAUUUCAGGGCAUUUCUAGCAAUCUGAAAGGCUCUCUUAUAGUUUCGUACAACUUCUACACAAUCAACAAAGCGGUGAGGAUAAGUCCGGGAACCUCCAAACGGCCAGUGAACAUGAUAUGGGCCAUUAUCAUGAUCUGGAUCGUCAGUUUGCUGAUAUGUAUUUUGCCUCUUUGUGGUUGGGGCACCUAUUCACCCACGUCGUGGGGGUGCUUCACUGACUGCACCAGUUCCUAUGUCUUGUUUUUAUUUAUUGUCUAUGCAUUGUGCUUCUGCCUCCUUACUGUGCUUUCUGUCCCUCUAACUUACCAGCUGUUGUGUUCAGAUGAACAACAGCAUCUUUAUGUUGAUUACCAGGAAAUAUCCCGAGGCUAUCUAACCCCUGGUACACCCCCCAUCUGUAGUACCACUCCAUCCCUUUCUCCAGAGGACCCUGUGGCUAAAACCUUAAAGCAUUUCCGAGAUGCCUGUUCAAGCUCUGAGACAGCAUUGAGAAAAAGCACAGCUGAGAGCAGUGGACUUGAGCCCCAUUGCACAAACAGUACAUGGAGCAGGAGCUUCACUGUGGGGUUUGCUCAGAAACGCUUUUCACUCAUCCUUGCUUUGACAAAAGUCAUUCUUUGGCUUCCGAUGAUGAUACAAAUCGUUGUCCAGCACAUAGUGGAUUUUCAAAGCCUUUCCUUUGAAACAUUCAGUUUUCUACUGACUUUGCUAGCUGCCACGGUCACCCCAGUGUUUGUUUUAUCAGAACGCUGGAUCCACCUGCCCUGUGGUUGCAUCAUUAACUGCAAGAGGAAUGUAUAUACUGUGUCUUCAGAAGAAAGCAAAACAAAAAGGAGAGGUUUUGAAUUCAAUCUGUCAUUCCACCAAGGUUAUGGAAUCUACAAGAUAUCCAAUGAAAAACACCACCACCCUGAUGAUGAUGAUAAAUCUAUAUCAUAUCACAACUUGAUGAACUAUGACAGUGAAAAUACAAAAGAAUCUCAAAAAGAGAGCAGCAAAAUUCUUAAUUCUACCAAUGCUGAGUUCAGCACCCUACCCUUGGAGGACAGCUCUUUGCUUAAAGAUACCAAUAAAUGCAAAAAAAUGGACACUGCAGAGAUCAAGCAAGAUCUUGGGAAAGACAAGAAUAUGGACCAUCUCCUUUCUGACAAACUAGGGACAUUUAAAAGAGAAGAAGUCAGAAAUUUUGAGAAAUCCAUGUUUUUGGAAGGACAAGAGAGAAGGCUGUCUCAUGAGGAAAGUCGUAAACCAGAACUCUCAGAUUGGGAAUGGUGCAGAAGCAAGUCUGAGAGGACUCCACGCCAGCGUUCAGGUGGGGCCUUAGCUAUUCCUUUAUGUGCAUUUCAAGGAACUGUAUCUCUUCAGGCCCCCACAGGAAAAACUCUCUCUUUAUCUACAUAUGAGGUAAGCACUGAAGGGCAAAAAAUAAUACCCACAUCAAAGAAAAUUGAAGUGUAUCGAUCAAAGAGCGUUGGUCAUGAGCCAAACCCUGAGGAUUCUCCUACUACAUUUGCUGACACAAGUGUCAAAAUUCAUUUAGAGGUUCUGGAAAUUUGUGACAAUGAAGAAGCCAUGGAUACUGUGUCUAUCAUCAGUAACAUCAGCCAGUCCUCUGCUCAAGUCAGGUCUCCAUCCUUGCGCUAUUCACGGAAAGAAAAUAGGUUUGUUUCUUGUGAUUUAGGGGAAACAGCCUCCUACUCACUCUUUAUACCUUCAAACAAUCCUGACAGUGAUAUUAACAUAUCAAUUCCAGACACUGUUGAAGCUCACAGGCAAAACAGUAAAAAGCAGCAUAUGGAGAGCGAUGGUUAUCAGGAAGAAAUACAAAUGUUAAAUAAAGCAUAUAGAAAAAGGGAAGAAGAUAGCAACAACAACUAGGAGGCAUUAAUCUGGCAAAACUGAUGCUGCUUCUCUGAAUCAGCUUAUUCUAUCAAACACAACAAUAACUGUUUUCUUUCCUGUAACACGUAACUUAAUUUUGUUUGCUCAUAUCAUCAGUGAAUGUUUUAAUGAUGUAUAGAUGGAAAAACAGUAAAUACUUAAGUGCUUUUAUAGCAUUUACUAGAGAAUUUCAACACAGAUAACAGGUUAUUUUUUUAAGUUACUGUAAUUUUUAAGACCUUUUCUAUAUAAAUGUGUACAAAGCACUUUGUUUACUUGUUGGCACUAGGAACCCUACAACAAUGAAAUGAUUAAAUCAUUCCCAUCUAA